AGCUGUAAUACAGCUUUCACUUUCAUUUCACAAUCUUGCGCAGCUCUCAAAUCCUGUCCGGCUUCUCUGCUGAUUUCUCUACAUUUCUGGAUGAACAGCUAGGCCUGGGGGACAUAUUCCAUGCUCUAAAGCUCCGCCGACCAUGGAUUUUGAAGCAGAGGGCCCACCCACGUCUAUUAUUUCGCCUGCUGAAUGCAAUUUUUCACAGGUCAUCUUCACGAAUGUGCAGCAGUUCUACAAACCUAACACCGAUGUCCAGUGCAAAUUCCGCAGGGAGCAAAGCUUUGCCAGCAACUCUAAAGACUGGAUUGGAAUCUUUAAAGUUGGAUGGAAAACGACCAGAGAAUAUUUCACCUGGAUCUCGGCACGGACCAGCGUGGACGACACUAUUCUCUUCACAGCAUACUAUCUGCCCAAGGAUGAUGACUACUACCAGUUCUGUUAUGUGGACUAUAAUGGGGAAGUACGAGGAGCCAGCAUACCUGUUCAGUUCUGUCACAACAUCCCAGAAGAUGAAGAUGAUGAUAUCCUGAUGGUGACAACUGAGAUGGAGAUGAUGAGGACAAAUCAAGAGAAUGCGGAACUAAAGAAAGUAGUGGAGAAGCUGACAGAGGAGAAUACACAACUGCAAGAAAAAGUAUCCUCACUUCAAAAUGAAACCCAGACCCAGGCUGAGAGGAUCCAGAACCUUCAAGAUGAGCUACUGAGUUCUACAGAGAAGACACAGAGGCUGGAAACAGAGAAUAUGGAGCGGACAGUCCACACCAAGAAUCUUGAGGAAGAAACCGAGAUAAUGAAGAAGACCAUCCAGUCACUGAACACUGACCUGCAAAUGCAAAGGAGCCAUGAGGAGACAUUGCUCUCAGAAAUGAAGGAGAUGGAGAGAUCAAAUGAUAUCUUCCAGGAACAAAAGAAGCACUUUGAGGAUCUGCAAAUCCGCAUGAAGGCCAUCGAGGAGGAAAAAGAGAUGCUGGAGUCAGAGCUGAAACUGUACAUAGAAAAAGAGACAAAAGUGCUCUCAGAAAGAAAGGGGUUGGAAAAAUCACUGGAGAAGUUAAUGGCUGAAAAGAAUCACUCCCAGAGCGAAGACAUGGCCAGGCAGAAAACAGUGGAGAACCUGACCUCUACUGCCAAUCAGUGUAAAGAAGAGACUGUUAAACUGAAGGUAGAACUUGAAUUGCAGACAUCUGCACUGGAAAAAGAGAAGAAACAGAAAGAGAUCCUAAGGCAAUCAUUGGAGAAAGAGGGUAAAAGGGCUGUUGAUUUAGAACGCAACCUGGAGCAGAAGAAUGAAAAGCUUCGAUCUACAGAAGAGAAGAUGACGGGCUUGUGCAAACAGGUGGACGUUCUUAAGGCUGAAAAUGAGAAUAAAAUAAAACAGAUGGGGGCUUUGCAUAUGACGAUUGCUAAUUUGGAGGGUGAGGUGAAAAGACUGAAAGACGAGUGCAAGAGCAAGAUGGAAGCAGAAACAACAGUGAGCAAACUGAGAACACAACUCCAAUCUGCUGAAGAGAAGAAGCAUGGCUUGCAAUUUCAACUGGCUCAGCAGCAGGACAUUUGUAGACAACAUGGUGAAGAAGUGCUUACAUUAAGAAGUGCUCUAGAACUUCGAGAAGAAGAGAUUAACGAUUUGAAGGACAUACAUAAGAAUCAUCGUAUUGAAAUAGAUGAACUCCACGGCCGUUUGUUAGCCAGAGAACCGACCUCGUACAUGGCUUCAAACCCAGGGUUGAUUUUUAGGAAUCCAUAUGAAGGAAAUUAUCCUAGUUUCUCCAGUGAGCAUGGAUCAUCCACAAGCUCUACAAGCAGACAGCCAUUGAGUCCUUUAAAAUGUCCUGUAUGUGCUGAAAAGUUUUUUCCUCAUCAGAGUCAGAUAUUUGAAGAUCAUGUGAUGUGUCAUCUUGAUGGGGAUGAAGCCAGGCCAUGAUCGUGCUCUCAUCUGUAGAUAUACACUUACAUACUGAGUAGAUUUUGUUGUAAUCGUUAAGAGAUUUGAGGUAAAAGAAAUUUAGGAAUAUAUUGUCUGAAAUCUGCAAGACAUGAGAUCCUCUGAUCUAUCCAUAUGCAUUUUGACCUUUAAAGGUAAUGUGUCUCCUAUAAUUUUUUUCUGCCUGUUAAAAGCAGAUAGUGAUACAUCUCCUUUUUUUCAAAUCUGUUUUUAAUUUCUGAUUGUAGAUUUUUUUUUUUUUUUUAUCCGGUUUCCUAAAAAUGAUUAUGGGGGCAAUCAUCUUUCUUGAGAUGUUGUUAACAUUAUUUAGAGAUGUUUUACAGCAGCCAAAAAACUGCAGGAUUUUUUUUUUUAUAGUGACACUGGAAAUUAAACAUAAAAUCACAAAAAAUUAUUUCAAAUAUUUUUAAAAUAGAAACUUGAUUCAAACAAUAGGUAAUUUUCUGAUGAAGAUUCCUUUUAACACCCAAAUAGCAUCACAAAUUGUCUAAGUAAAGAAAGUCUGUGUGACCAUACAUUGCGUGUUCGUCUCUGACUGGCUUUCCACAGUGAGUGGAAGAGGCACAGCGCUCACCUGAGGUCGUCUGACCAGUAAUGGUAACUAGACUUCCAUCAAUGGAGUCAGAUUUGAAGUUUGGCUUGGGCCUACUCAUAUGGACAUAUCUAAGUGGCCACCCUGGUCUUCACCCUUUAACCCCAAUACAGGGAUCUGAACUACACAGCAGGGUUCCCCUGCAGGCCCCUACCUUUUGGAGUAGUCUCUAUUCAAGUGACUGCUGACCCAUGGGGGUCAAGACACCGAGGGAUCACACAAAACUAUAAAUAGAGACUGCCCAAAGUCAGGACAGGUGAAGUUUGUGCAAUCUGAAAAACAGUCUGAGGUCAGGGCAGGCAUCUUAGGAUCAGAACAGAGAAUAGGCAGCAGUCAGGUCAGACAGCGGAGGGGCAAAUCUGGAGAAAGGGCAGAAGUUGUUGCACAGACAAACAAAUGUAGAACCCAUUAAACUAGAAGCUAUUGCUCAGGCACCUUCCAACUGGGGAAUGUGCCUAAAGUACCCCAAGGUGGCCAGCCAUUGGCUGGUGGACACUAUUGUGCACAUGUGCUGGCCCUUUAGGCAGAGGUAGUGCAUGCACACCCUGCAGGCAGAGCAGAGGCCUGCAAGAAUAAGAGGAAAACUGACAAGAAGCAGGACGCAGCCUGGGAGGAGAAGUGGAGCUACUCUGGUAGCCGGAAUUGCAGAGGAGAAGGGGAGAGAUGGCAUUGGGUCCAAGGCGCCAGGGAGCAGUUGAGCAGAAUGGUGCCCAUGAGCAGAGCAGUAGCAGACACGGGCGCAAUAACAGAUAGAAACCUGCAACUAUGACUCGUUCAAAUUUUUAUGAAACUUAUGUGUCACAAGUUUCACCUGUAGAAGCCACGUGCCCAAAAGCCACUCAAGGAAAAUCUUAGCAAGUUUAAUAAGCAAGGAAUGUUUAAAAAAAUAAUAAAUCAUAUAAUUGCCUCAUUGAUUCUGCUCCGUUCCUGCACCAUUUAUCUCACUCCAUGUUGAUUUUAAAGUGUACUUAAAGGGGUUGUCCAAUAAAUAUAUACAUUUUUGUAAAGGCAGGGAAUGCUUUAAAAUAAUAAAGUAACCGAUACUAAUAUUGCCCAACUACCCCAACUAAGUGACUGCAGCCAAUCAUGUGUCGUCUAUCCACAUGACUGCUGCGGCCAAUCACACAGCUCUCCAUGUACUGACUUGCAGCCACAGCUAAUAUAAAGAAGGAGAGGAACUGGACAAGGCUGCAGCCUGAGCCAACAAUGAGUCAGGAGGUAGAUUUUAGAGUAGCUCUGACUCCCGGUGGCUAAGCCGCAGUCCCAGACCACAGCUCUAAUGAAGCAGAGGUACAAAGUAUAUAAGUACGGAGAGAAAUACAUAGCAGGUAAGGAUUGCUUAAAGUUAUUGGACUAUAUACAAUGAUAAGGCCCACAACUAGAGUAUCAAAUUAAAGGUGCAUUCACACGUGUGUUGUCUGCAUUUUUUGCGGACCCAUUGAAGUGAAUGGGUCUGCAUCCUAUCCGCAAAAAAUGUGGAUCGAAUGCGGACCAAAAAUAUGAUGGGGCCUUAGACCAUGUUACUCUUGGGUUUCUUAGACCUCCUAUGGCCUUGUAUCCCACUUUACCAGAGAGCUGUUCUUCCACAGAAGUAAUGUAAACUUUUUUCCAAGUCAAAUUCAUAUAGGAUUCAACAGAAAAAACUAUUGAGGAUUUAUCAAGGAAGAUUGCGUGGCAUAAAACCCCUAUAAGUUACAUUUAAAAAAAAACUAUAUAUAAUAUCUCCAGAAGUAAUUGCAGGCACACAUUGGGGCUCAUGCACAUCUAUGGCUGCUCUAUUACAUCUCCACUUGUACUGAAUACAGCUGUGUGAAUGAGGCCUACCGGUAACAUCUAAAAACUAGAAAAGCCUCACCAACCUGUGACUGACUUUCAAGUCUAAACAUUCAGUUGGUAUAUGGUACAUUAGAUACAAAUAUGUGAGAACCAUAUGAUUUUACCUUAUUUAUAUAAUUUGUAUUUUACAAAAAAAAAACUAAAAACUAUGAUUCUGAAUAAAGUAACUAUAUAUCUAAUAUGUAUAACUAAAAGUCAAAAAAGUGGGCAGCACUCCAUAAGAUAAAAAAAGUACAAAAAUCUUUAUUUACCCAGACAGGACAUGCAACGUUUCGGCUCUAUGCUGGAGCCUUUCUCAAGCAGUGUGUACAGACAAAGUGCUCAGUAUAUAUAGCAAACCAAAUUAAUGUGCCAAUUCAUUACAAUUACAGACAAUCAUGUAGUAUCAUAAUGAAACAUAAAAAAUAAUAAAUUGUGACAAUUACUUAAUGUGUCCUAUAAUGACAUCAUAUAUAACAGUGAUUAAAAUACAUUCAAAAAUUCAGCUUGUGUAAAAGAAAAUACAUAUGUGUACAUAAUUAAUAUUAAUAUCAUUAUUGGUGCCAUGUGCAAACAAUGAUACAAAGUGCUAAGUGCUUACUAGAUGAUAUCACUAACGAAGAGUGAAGGAGGAGCGAUGAGGCGAAUGGCUGCCAUCGGCUGCAUAGCGUGUGUUCCGGCGUGCCUGAAGCGCAAUUGCGCAUGUCAGGAUGACGUAUAUAUUCCUUGUUUCCAAAUGUCACUGCCCUCAUUUCUAUGCAGUUGCGCACUAUGACCCAGGAACAGAGUCAGCCAUUUUAAGUGCGGGAAUAGCACAUAGGGUAUCCGGCGCAUGCGCAUUCGUAACAGUCAUACCUGAUAUACACAGGAUAGAGGUCCUGGUUCACAAUUCAGUGCAACAAACGGAAGCAGAUGGCUAUGUGGGGUCAUAUGGGGGCAACCACAGCUUGUUAGACAUGGAGCCUCCAUCCGGGAUCACGGACCAAUUGCGAGCCCGCACGUCAAUGCGGGGUCACACUGUAUCCAUGACCAUAGCCUACUUGUCACCAACAUUUCAGAGGGUUCUCCUCAAAACAGGUCCACCGUCCAUGUGCAAAACAGUGUAUAACCAAAAAAUUAAAGGCAUCAUAUAUGAGUUGUAAUAAUAACUGAACGCCAUCGCUUGGCAUAACCUCAAUCUUCCUCUCUCCACACUCCGUGACAUAUCAUCUGUAUUACAAAAUGAUAUAAUAAUUUUAUUAAUAUUAAUAUGUAUAACUAUAUAUAAAUACAGGUGUGCUAUUUUGUUUGUUGCCUACAUAUAGUAUUUCUUUCUUCAUCUUUUUACAGCUCACCAAAGGGGUUGUCCGGGCUUUUACUAUUGAUGACCUAUCUUCAGGAUAGGUCAUCAAUAUUAGAUUGGCGGUGGUCCGACACCAGGCACCCCCACGAUCAGCUGUAUGAGGAGACGGCGCGCAGUGCGUCUCUCUUGCUGUUCGCUGCUGCUUUGCCAUAGACAGCAGUAGCGGACAGGAAGAGAUAAGGGAGAUGGCACGUGCACACUGCGUGUGCCCUCUCCUCAUACAGCUGAUUGGCAGGGGUGCCAGGUGUCGGACCUCCACCGAUAUGAUAUUGAUGAGCUAUCCUGAGGAUAGGUCAAUAGUAAAAGCCCAGACAACCCCUUUAACCUACUUGGUCUAUAUCUGUUAUGAGCUGGUCUGUGGGUUCAUUGCGGCCUUUUUCCUCUUUGCUUGUAGCAAUUUUGUUUUUAUUUGAAAAAUUAAAUCCAAAAUUUGACUAAAA